AUGGAAUCCUCCUCCCUCGCGGGCAAAUCGUCGCACCAAACGCUCCACGGCUUCCCGCCCGAAACACCGGUGAAGCCACACCAGCAGCAGCCCGGCCACACCGGCCCGCCUGCCCGCGACCCCGGAAAGGCCCCCAGUUCCUUUGACGAGCGCACAGGCAGCUUUCUCGCUGGCCCCGACCACUACAUGUCGUACCACGAGUACCUCGAAAGACUCAACCAAAGCGACGCGGAAAGCAAGGACGGGGACGCCAGUGGAUACGAAGAGCAUCUCAACAUAGUGGAGUUCCCUGUGGACGAGCUCAUCACCAUGCUCGCUUGUCUCUUGACUAAAAUUAUUGAAGCCAACGACAAGCUCCAUCCAAACCACUUUGACAACACCAUUGCAGUGAGACAGAAACUCAAGGAGCACAAGAAGAUGAAAAAAUUAGAAAAGGAGCAGAGGUCUUACAGAAGGAGCAACUCGACUAGCUUCACCCACGGUGGAAUCAAUACAACAGUGUCCCAUAUCUCAGAGGAUGAAAACUCGGACGACUCCUUUAACGAUGAAGAGGACGAGCUCAAAAACAAGUACUUGGCAAACGUCCUUGCCUUCCACGGGACGAAUGUACCUGGCAUCACCCUUCAUGCGUACCUCACUAGAGUCUUGAAGUAUUGUCCCGUGACCAACGAAGUGUUUCUUUCCCUUUUGGUUUACUUUGACCGGAUCGCGAAAAGAGCAAACAUUUUCCAAGAUAAAAAGUCCAACCUGGGCGACGAAACACCUACAGACGCCGAGCAGAUAUUCGUGAUGGACUCAUAUAAUAUUCAUCGGCUCAUUAUCCUGGGCAUCACCGUCAGCUCAAAGUUUUUCAGUGAUAUCUUCUACAAAAAUCUCCGUUACGCCAAGGUUGGAGGACUUCCCCUUGAGGAGCUUAAUUAUUUGGAACUUCAAUUCUUGUUACUACUAGACUUCAAGUUGAUGAUAUCCGUUGAGGAUCUUCAAAACUACGGUGACUUGUUGCUUAAGUUCUGGAAACGAGAGCAAUUGGCUGGUGAAAUCGUUAAUAGAGACACGCCUACUUCAGAAUGA